AUGGACUGGCGGCUUCUUCUGGCUUUGGCCGCAUUGUGCCUAUUAGGGCACUAUGGCCCGAUGUUCUUCGUGUACAUUAUCGUGGCGUUGCUUUUUUUUAUCCUCGGCUUACUAUUAUCCAUGGAGAAACCUUUGCUUCAUGAGAUCUUCUCUCAACACAAGUGCACCAGUAACAAGGGAAUCCCUAUGGUCACCGCAAUUAUGGAUUCCGAAGGCGUUCCGAAACCGAGUAUCAAAAUGUCUCCAUCUCCGGCCUUAGAUGUUGUUUUCAACCAGAUCAUAUCUUAUAUAAUCAGAGAUUACAUCUAUUCGUGGUACUCACCACUGACACCAGACUCCGUGUUUCCAUCUGAGUUGCAUCGGUUACUUCAACGGAUUACAGCUAACACCUCAAGAAAAGUUGCUGAGGUGAAUUGGAUUCCCUUCUUGACGGAAGUCUUGCCGGGCGAUGUGGCCUCUCAUAUUCGUCUGUACCGUUCGAUGCUAGAACGUCAGGCUUCCUAUCCUGGCCAAGACCACGUGAAAUUGUUCUUUGAUUGUGAAGUUGAAACCGAAAAAACAAUUUGUCGUGAAAGUAUUUGCAUAUCACGAGAACAGGAACAAGAACAUUUACGAGGUGUGAGCGAUCUAUUCCUGUUUCUUAUUCUACCCCUGGAGGAAUACCGGGUACCAGCUGUGCGAUACAUUGCUAGGGAGUUACUUGUCAAUGCCGUCCUCAUACCCGUGAUCGAUCUACUGUCCGAUCCGGAUUUUGUAAAUCGUUCCGUCGCUUGGUUUGCUAAGGAUAGUGCAUUCACCAGCGAAUAUUUCGUGCAAGCACUGAAAAUGUCGGAUAGUACAGAAGAAUUGCAAGUGGUCCGUGGUCGGGAUACAGGAGGGGAUGAUGAUGCUUCAAUCAAGGCGCAACUGGGCAGUUUGGAAUAUGUUCGUAAGAUCUGCACCGCUCGACUGCGACAAAUUAGAGAAGGGAUUACUGAAAAGCCAGAACAUCUAGUGGCCUAUCAUCUUCAACCAGGGAUGCGACUUUAUGAUAUGUCGUUCAAACAACUGAUGUCUACCAGUGUCGCUCUUGUAAGCUUCCUUGAUGAAUCCUUGGACAAGAUGGUUACCAGUGAUUCUGGCAUUCCAGACACUGCCACUGAUUCCAAUUUACCUUACGACGGUGCAGAUGGUUCAUCUCAACUAGACUCCUCCGUCCUGGAUGGGGAUGUAUUCUCCCCAGACCAGUCGUGGAGCCCUUCCUCAGAAACGUCCGCGUACAGUGGAGAUCCCCUAUCGUCCUCGGNACAGUUACCACCUUCAGUCGAGCCGAUGAUUCACCAGGCGUUACGCAAUCUAACUUGCGCUCCCGGCCCUCUCGAUCCAGAUGCUUUCGCGGAGGUCGAAACCAAGCUUUGCGAAAUGCUCUCCGACGCACAAUGUUUCGGUGCGUUUAAACGCAGUCCGCAAUACGUGCAACUGUUGGCCGAGUUGGACUUACUCAAGGAACCAUCGGAUCAGGUUUCACCCGCAUCUGGCACCAGUGGUGCAUCAGACCCGCAGCCGGCCACAGCACCAGACAAUUCGAAUUUGUCCAAACCGCCAGCUUCCGAUCAGCUGAGCGUUGCCGCACCGGUCGUCUCGGUUCAACCAUCCANUCCAACUAGUUCGGCGUCAAACUCUGCAAGUCCUACAUUAUCGCUUCCUCACAGUAGCCACAAGACCAGCCUGAGUGAGAAUGAUCCAGCCUUCGGUGGUACGUUGUCAGUUCAUACACAACUUGUUCCUCGACCGGCUCGCAAAAUUUAUUGUUUGUCUAUUUUGAGACAUCUGCUUAGGUUAAUUUAG